CAAGGUAUCUCUUCUCGACUGAAAAUGGACUCUUGAACAGAGCACAACAACAUCUCCUGCCUCUGACUGCCACACAACAUGGCUGACCACAUGGAUCUCGACACCCGACCGCCGCGGGGCGUCAAGCGCACGGCGGAGGAAGCAGGCUUGCCCCUGGAGGCUCCGCGUCGGAUCAAGGCUCUUGACCAAGAUGUCGUCAACAAGAUUGCCGCCGGGGAGAUCAUUGUCGCCCCUGUGAAUGCGCUCAAGGAAUUGCUCGAAAACUCCAUCGACGCCGGAUCAACUUCCAUCGAGGUUCUGGUCAAAGAUGGCGGCCUGAAGCUCUUGCAGAUAACUGACAAUGGCCAUGGAAUUGAGGUAUAGUCCUGGACUGGACGGGUUUCUGAUCUAACGUGCAACAGAAAGACGACUUGCCCAUUCUCUGCGAAAGAUUUACGACGUCCAAAUUAAAACAUUUCGAGGAUCUCAUGUCUAUUGGUACCUAUGGUUUCCGAGGAGAAGCCCUCGCCAGCAUCAGCCACAUUGCCCACCUCAAAGUAACUACCAGGACUGCCAACUCUAGCUGUGCGUGGCAAGCACAUUAUCAAGAUGGGAAGCUUACUGCUCCCAAACCUGGUCAAUCUCCCGACCCGAAACCCUGUGCUGGUCGCCCUGGCACUCAGAUUACGGUCGAAGACCUCUUCUACAAUAUCCCGAACCGUCGUCGGGCCUUUCGAUCUCCGUCAGAAGAGUAUGCCAAGGUGCUCGACAUCAUUACUCGAUAUGCCGUGCACCGCGAAGGUGUUGCGUUUUCCGUCAAAAAGCACGGUGAAACUGGUAUAGGCUUCUCAGUAGCCGGUGCUGCAACCAAAAUCGAUAGGCUUAGGCAGGCAUAUGGCGGCAGUGUAGCAAAAGAGAUCAUGGAGUUCGGCACCGAAGAUUCGCGCUGGGGCUUCAAAGCUUCAGGCUAUGCUACUAAUGCUAACUACAGUUCUAAACGAACGAUGUUACUCCUCUUCAUCAACAACAGGUCAGUCGAAUCAUCAGCCGUCAAGAAAGCUAUUGAGCAGACAUAUCAAAUAUUUCUGCCCAAAGGGGGACAUCCAUUUGUCUACCUCAGCCUGGAUAUCGACCCAGCCCGAGUUGAUGUCAAUGUACAUCCCACCAAGCGAGAAGUCCAUUUCUUGAACGAGGACGAGAUCAUCGAAUUGGUUUGUGCAAACAUCCGAGAAAGUCUGGCAAAAGUCGACACGAGCAGGACCUUCAUGACACAGACACUCCUUCCGGGAGUCACGCCCAUGACACCCAUUAAACCAAACACUUCGACGGGCGACCAAACUCCUGCUGCAGAAGAUAGUGCUCCAAGAAGGACCUCAACCACCAAAAAGCCUUACGAAAACAACUUAGUCCGCACUGACUCGAAAAUGCGAAAAAUCACUUCCAUGCUUCCACCAGCCUUGACAACUUCAACCUCGCAGGACGAAGCAUUGACAAAUGCCGGUAUACGGUACGCUACUACUGAUCGAGAACAGAUCCAAAUACGGCUCACAUCCGUGAAGAAUCUCCGAGCUGAAGUCCGUGAUGCGAUGCACAAUGGUCUGACCGAAGUGUUCGCCUCUCUGACCUAUGUCGGUGUUGUGGACAGCAGCAGAAGACUUGCAGCCAUCCAGUCUGGCGUCAAACUGUACCUCGUCGAUUAUGGUAUGACCUGUCACGAAUUCUUCUAUCAAGUCGGCCUGACCGACUUUGGCAACUUCGGGCUCAUCCGGUUUGAGCCUGCACCCGAACUGGGGGAGCUUCUAAAUGUAGCGGCAGAAUACCAAAUUUCAACUGAUCCGACCUGCGCAGGCCUAGACAAAGGCCGAGUCGUAGACAAGGUGUAUGAACAACUCAUGAAGAGCAAAGCCAUGUUAGCGGAAUAUUUCUCCCUCGAGAUCUCGGACGACGGUCAUUUGCACACGAUCCCACUGCUACUGAAGGGGUAUAUGCCGUGCAUAGCCAAAUUACCCACCUUCUUGCUGAGGUUGGGCCCUUUUGUGAAUUGGACGGAAGAGGAGGACUGUUUUCGGACAUUCUUGAGGGAGUUGGCGAGCUUUUACGUGCCAGAGGUGUUGCCAGCGCCGAGAUCGAACCAGCACACCACCGAGGGGGAGGAUAAGGAGGUUCAGGAGGCACAGGCCGAUGGUGGCGACGGGGCAGAUAUCCAAGAGAUGGGAGGGGCACGAGAUUCGAGAAACGAGGCAGAAGCUGGCAGUCGACAUGCAUCUGCGCCUCGCGAUCUGCGAGACGACAACACCAACGGUGAGAACAACAGAGACGAGGUUGACGAAGCCACGGAGAAAAGAAGGACAGAACUCGACUACGCACUGGAACACGUGCUGUUCCCUGCAUUCCGGUCAAGGAUCGUCGCGACGCAAGGGAUGUUGAAGGGCGUCGUCGAGGUGGCCAAUCUGAAGGGCCUGUACCGUGUAUUUGAGCGAUGCUAGGGACGUAUUGCGAGUACUGCGCGGUCGACGACUGUAAGAUUAAUAUACCCCAUCCACAUGAACGAAAGUCCCAAACUCCAAGAGGAGGCCAAUAAAGGGGCAAAUAGAAGGAAUAUAAAAG